AUGGGAUUUGGACUCGAGUUACUGUUAACCAAGUUAGAUAUUAUAUCGAGCAAGCUGCAGAGUGUGGAAGACAAUCUGAAGAGUAUGGAAGACAAGAUGCAAAAAUCAGAAAUCAAGAUGCUGCAGAAGGUUGAGGACGAGAUCCAGGAACAUCGAUCCAGCCAAACUAAGAACCAUAAAGAAACGUUCGCCGCGAUUCAGAAACUCGAACAUCAAGUCGCGCGUAAUUUAAGUGAGGUUCACAUUCGAAAUCAGGAAAAUAUCAAUACAACGUUGCAAAAACUCGAUAAAGAUAUCGAAAGAGUGCUGCAAAAUCAAUACAGUCUACCUUACCCUACUUCAUGCAAGGGUGUACCAUCGAAAGUAUCUGGAACAUAUCUGCUCCGUGUGAAAAGUGGUAGUGCAACCUUCAAAGUGUUCUGUGAGCAGGAAAAGUUCGGUGGUGAAUGGAUCGUUAUGCAGUUCCGUUACGACGGAUCACUGGACUUCUACCGAGGAUGGAAUGAGUUCCGCGACGGAUUUGGUGAUUUAAACAAAGAGUUUUGGUUGGGCCUUGAAAAGGUUCACCAAAUAACAAGUGGCCGAAAACACGAACUGAUUGUUGAAUUGAAAGACUUUAGUGGAAAUUACAAAUAUGCCCGGUAUGAUGCAUUCGAAAUAAGUGGCGAAAGUGACCAAUACAGACUGAAGGGUCUGGGAAAUUAUAGUGGAACUGCAGAGUUUCACGAAUUUCGAUCCAGCCAAGAUAAGAGCCAAAAAGAAAUGUUCACCGCAAUUGAGAAACUCGAGCAUCAAGUCGCGCACAAUUUAAGCGAGGUUAACAAUCGAAAUCAGGAACAUAUCAAUGCGGUGCUGCAUAAACUCGAUCGAAACAUCGGAAGUGUGCUGCAAAACCAAUACAGUCUACCUUACCCUACUUCAUGCAAGGGUGUACCAUCGAAAGUAUCUGGAACAUAUCUGCUCCGUGUGAAAAAUGACAGUGUACCUUUCAAGGUGUAUUGCGAGCAGAAUGCGAUCGAUGGUGGAUGGAUCGUUAUGCAGUUCCGUUUCGACGGAUCGUUGGACUUUUACCGAGACUGGAAAGAGUUCCGCGACGGAUUUGGUGAUUUAAACAAAGAGUUCUGGUUAGGUCUUGAGAAGGUCCACCAGAUAACAAAUGGCCGUAAGCACGAACUGAUUGUUGAACUGAAAGACUAUGAAGGAACCUACGCAUUUGCGCGGUACGAUGCUUUCGAAAUAGGUAGUGAGAGUGAGCGAUACACCCUGAAGGAUCUUGGAACCUAUAAUGGCACUGCAGGUGAUGCAAUGUCAUAUAAUAUGGGUAGGAAGUUCUCAACCAAAGAUCGGGAUAAUGAUGACUAUAGUGGACAUUGUGCACAGCUCUACCAAGGUGCAUGGUGGUACAAAGGUUGUGCUUGGUCGAAUUUGAACGGGCGAUACAUCAAUGCAAACGAUUCUAAAUCAAUGUUUUGGCAUUAUUUCAACAACAACAAACAAGGAUUGAGUUACUCGCGAAUGAUGAUCCGAGAGUUGGAAUAG